ACAACAGCAGCAACAACAUUUAGUGCGAAAAUGUUCACAGCAAAGCAACAACAACUGCAGCAAGGACCUCAUAGACAGUCACGCCUGCUACACAUUUGCCUGCUCCUGCUAUCGCUGAGCUGGGCGGCCAACGGCAGCAACAUUGUGGAGCCCGAGGAGGCGGCUUUUCAAGGUCACUGCGGUCAUACGAGUCCCUGCGAGCAGCUCUGCUACGAGAUCCACGAUGGGAUGUACGAGUGCGACUGCAUCGAGGGCUACGAGCUGAACAAGAAUGGCUACAGCUGUCAAGUGAUAAACACGACAAACAGCGGCCAGGAUGGGCACGGUAAAUCGGAUGAGGAUGUGCUCUAUCAGAAGGGCGCAUCCUUCAGUGCGAAGCUCGCCAAUGCAGCGGCGGCGGCGGUGGCCACAGCCGGGCAGACGGAUGCGGCUGAAGCGGAUGCGGAUGCGGAUGCGAAUAGCGAAUAUGAUUACAACGAUGAGAAUUUAGAUGGCAUGCGGGAACAGAAAGUCAAUUCAAACGAUUAUUACAUAUCAGCGGAGAGCAUUAGCUUCAAUGAGAAUCAGGAGCUGGAUGCGGCCGACUUUAAGGUGGCGACCACAGCGGGCACAGCCGCCACCAAACUAACCAAAUCGACCAAAGCUGCGCCAACAACCACAACAACAACAACAACAGCAGCAACAACAACCAAAACAGCUGCAGCAACACAAUUGGCUAACAAAGCCAAUGCCAUGGAUUAUGUGGAUGGAGUUGGCGUUGGCGAUGGCGAUGAGUAUUAUAGCUAUAAAGCGGACAUGUCCAUCUAUGACGAUGUCAAUAAUAAUCAAUUAAAUUUAAGACGCAACAGCAACAGUAACAGCAAUUCGCAUACAUAUCAGCAGACAAGCAACAACAACUUGACAACAACAACAACAGCAGCUGCUGCAACCAGCAGCACACUUUGCAAUCUGGAUUGCGGCGCGGAGGGUAUUUGUGCUCUGGAGGCAACGGCGUCCACAGCGCGCUGUUUGUGCCCAUUUGGCAAAACGGGCGAAAAUUGCCUGGAAGAUAUCAGGGCGCACGUGCCACGCUUUGCGAAGCGCUCCUGGCUGGCAUUCCCGGCACUCCAUGGCGCCUAUAAGCAUGUACAGCUGCGGCUGGAAUUCCGUCCAGAAUCCUUUGAUGGCAUCAUAUUGCUGAGCGGGGAGCGGGAUGAUCUAACUGGCGAUUUUAUGGCCCUGCUGCUGAACAAGGGCUUCGUGGAGUUCUGGUUCGACUGCGGCUCCGGCGUGGGCAGCGUGCGAUCCAGAGAGACCAUCAUGCUGAACGAGUGGAACUCGGUGAUUAUCUAUCGCCAUCGUUGGGAUGCCUGGCUGGUGCUCAAUCACGGCACCAAAGUCCAGGGCAGAUCGAAUGGUCUCUUCUCGCGCAUCACGUUCCGUGAGCCGGUCUUUCUGGGCGGCAUUGGCAACAUCACGGGCCUGGCCAAGCGUCUGCCACUGGCCGAGGGCUUUGCGGGCUGCAUUCGCCGCUUCGUGGCCAACGAGCACGACUACAAGUUCACGGAGCAUCCGCUGGGCGAUGUCAUCAAUGGCUUCGAUAUACAGGAUUGCUCGACGGACAAGUGCGUGCGUUAUCCUUGCCAGCAUGGCGGCAAGUGCUUGCCCUCGGAUCAGGGCGCUGUUUGCCUCUGUCCCAUUGGCUUUGUCGGUGAUUUGUGUGAGAUACGCAUGGAUUUGCAGGUGCCCGCCUUCAAUGGCUCCUCUUUCCUGCGCUAUGCGCCGCUGGGCGACAGCGCUUUGAUCUGGCUGGAGCUGAAGGUCAUCUUGAAGCCGGAGCAGCCGGAUGGUCUGAUACUCUAUUCGGGACCGGAGCAGCGCGGCGAUUUUAUAGCUUUGUAUCUGCACGAUGGCUUUGUGGAGUUUGCUUUUGACUUGGGCAGCGGCCCAGCGGUGGUGCGCAGUGAGCAUUCCCUCAGCCUGGGACAAUGGCACACCAUCAAGAUCUCAAGAACCGCACGCCUGGCUGUGCUCAAGAUCGAUCAGCAUCAGGAGGUGAUGACCAUUUCAUCGAACGGCUUCUGGCAUCUGUCGCUGGCACAGAAUCUAUUCGUGGGCGGCGUCAAUCAUGUGGACCGUCUGCCAUUGGAUCUCAAGUACAAGUCCUUCUUUGUGGGCUGCAUUCAGCGCAUUGACAUCAAUGGCCACUCGCUGGGCAUUGUGGCGGAGGCGCUGGGCGGCAGCAACAUUGGCAACUGCCCGCACGCUUGCGUGGCCCGGCCCUGCGGACCGCUGGCCGAGUGUGUGCCGCAGAUGGAGAGCUACGAGUGCCGUUGCAGCAUCUACAACGAGCGCUGCAACAAGGCAGCUGAAGUGCCGCCCGAGCAGCUGCCGGAGCUGAUGCUGCACAAGCAGCACAAUGGCCAGCCACUUGAGGCCAAACAAUACAAAGGAGUUGAGUCGAAGAAAUUGUGGGCGCACAAGAAGCAUUCCUCAAAGCGCAAGAGUAUGCAUAAGCACAAGACAGACAAGACACCUGCAACCACCAGCAGCAGCAGCACCAGCACCACUUCAACCACCACCACCACCACCACAACGACAACGACUACAGCCAAGCCACCCACACCACUUGCAGUGGGUGGUGCGCCCAGCAAUGAGGAAAUCGAAGAUGAUAUCAUCUUUCGCUUUGUGCAUGAGAAUGCCGCAAAGGCGCCCAGCCCCAUUGUGGGUCUGCAGCAGGCCCCACUCGUGGGCAAGCAGCAUGUGAGCAAGCACGAGCACCAUCAGAAGCCGAACACCUUUGCGCGUAAGCUUGCCCGCCUGCCCACACACUACGAAAGUUUCCAAACAAAUCCGGAUAGCGAUAUUCUAACGUUCGAUGAUAACAACGAUUGGGUGGCCAGCAUGCAGCAGCAGGAGUAUGCGGAUGCCAUGGCGACCAGUCAAGUGGCGGGCCAGACGGCGGCAGCCAGCUCGGCGGAAGCUGAUGUGGCCACUGGAGAUGCGGAAGCGGAUGCGGAUGCGGAUGUGGAUGCGGAUGCUGAUGCAAGUGGUUUUGUUUUCGAUGAGUCACUGUUUGAUGCCAACGACGGCGCUGAGGAUUAUCAACGUAAGCAGCUGGCCCAGGAUAUGAAGCGCAUCAUGUCCAAUACACACACGCACACACACGCGCAGAAAAAAAAUAACCAGGAGGAGCAGCAGCAGCACCACCAGCAGCAGCCACCGGUUGAGCCGCAGUACAGCGAGGAAUACAACGACGAUGAGCUGCUAACACCCGUGCUCAAAUCGGAGCCAGUGGCUCCAGCUGCUGCCGCGAGCACACCCCAAACGCACACCGACUGGAGUCUUCUCAAGAAAUUCGAUCUGUCCGCGGAGCAUCAGUCGCAGGUGCAGAGCGUGCGCAAGAAUUUUGGCGCCUGCUUCGCCGGCACCGACAGCUAUUUCCACUACAACGAUGCGGACACCAUGAGCCAGGUCAUCAGCUACAAAAUCGAUCUCAAUCUGCGCAUCAAGACGCACUCGGAGAACGGCGUGAUACUCUGGACGGGACGGCAGGGCACAACCGAGGAGCACGAUGACUACUUGUCAUUGGGCAUUGAAAAGGGAUAUUUACAUUUCCGCUAUGAUCUCGGCGCUGGCGAAGUGGACAUACGCUUCAAUGGCACCAAAGUCAGCGAUGGACUAUGGCAUCGGGUCCGAGCUAUACGCAACUCCCAGGAAGGCUAUUUGGAAGUGGAUGGACGCAAAACACAGACGCUACGUACGCCGGGCAAGCUGCGACAGCUGAACACCGAUACAGGACUCUAUGUUGGUGGAAUGCCGGAUGUGGCAUACUUUACGCAUCAGCGCUAUUUGAGUGGAAUUAUUGGCUGCAUAUCGGAGAUCGUUUUGGCUGGCGAGAAAUUGAACUUUGAUCCAAAUACGUUGGGCACAGCGCACAACGUGGAGACGGGCCUACUAUGAAACGCUGCACUUACAUAAGCCUCAAGACUUUUGAUACAUAUAUCAAAUAGUUUAAAUGUUAUUAUUUAAUUAACGAAAUGUUUACAAAUUUGUCGAUUUCGUUUGUGUUUGUACAAAGACGCUUUUAAAAUCAACUGAGAAUGAAACAGAAAGAUAAAGUGAGUGGGGAAGGAUGAGAAAGUAACAAGAAGAAGAGAAUUGAGUUCUAGUUGGGAAAUUUUUUUACGCCAAGAGAUGAGCUGAGAAGUAACUAAAGUAAAUAUAGUAAACCAUACUACAUAAAAUAUAUAUAGUGCAUAAAAAAACAUAAUGAUUAUAUACAAAUGCAUACACUUAAAAAGAUAUAUAUAGAAAUUAUAUAUAUAUAUAAAAAAAAAACAAAGAAAACCCAAAAAAAAAAGGCAUGCUUCAUAUAGCCUGUGACUGUCAAUACUUCAGAAUGGAAUAGUUUAUAUAUAUAACUUUAGCGAAAGAUUUAUAAAACUGAGAACUAUGCAUAAAAUACUUUGAAAAAUAUUGUAUGUAGAAAAUGAGCAACAAAAGGAAAGGAAGAGGAAGCAGAAGAGAGAAGUUUGCACAUGUUUUAUGUCCAUUUUGAGCGCUUUGAUUUAAGUGAACGUUACGCUUUGUGUGCAGAGUUGCCACCUUUUUGUAAAAGAUAAACACACACACACUUACACACACACACGCUCUAAAUACAACUACUACAUUACUAAAGACACGUAUACACAUGCAUAUUGGCAGUACUUUCGUUUUUCGCAUUGCUGUACCUUAAC